AUGGCAGUCGAGGUCGGCGUGCAGAAGAUGCGGAAGAAGCUGGAGGAGUUGUUGAAGGAGAGGCUGAAGGCCGACCGGGUUUCUGUGGAGUGCGAGGGACCGGAGGAGGACCGGCGGUUGAUGCUCACCGUGGUCAGCCCCCAGUUCCGGGGUCUCACCAAAGUGGAAGACCGAGACAGUCUCAUAUGGGACGACCAAGUGCACGGGAUCAAGCACAUGAGGCUCCGCGCCUGGACACCGGAAGACGAUCAGCUCCACAGCCUCCACCGCCAAGCGCCCGCCUUCUUCGCCGACAACAAGUGA